UUAAACUUGAAGCAGAAGUGAAGAAUAGCAUGAGCUGCGGCAAAUGUUUGUGGUAAGAAAUCGCUUUAAUUGUCUACAACUUCCUGGAAGCACGCCACCGGAGGUCCUCGUACGCUCGCCGUGAAAGGGGCUAUAUGUUCUGAAGAAAAAAACGAUGGGAGUCGUUUCCUCGUCGGCAGCGUGCUGUAAACCCAGUUUUGCCGGGGCGAAGAAGCUGGGCGUUCCGAUCGACCCGCGACUAUGGACCGACGACGACAGGAUGCGGGCGGCGCAGGCGCUGUUCUACAGGUUAUCAAAUCUAAAAGUGUCUGGGUCUGGAAGAGUCAUGCUGUUUUUGCAUGACGCAGAAGGUCUGGCAUGGAAGCUGUAGCAUUACAGGUUUCGAGAAGCUUCCGCAAUGCCGAAUCCGCAUGACAAAUCCCCCACUUUGGUGACAGAAAGUGGGCAGCUUUUGCUACCCAUGCAUGAGAGAUUUUUCUGUGUUCUGAAAUGUGCAUCACAAGUUUGUAUUCGUCCAGACCCAGACACUUUUGCAAUCCAUACAGGUUCGACUUUGACGAUAGCGGCACCGUGGAUGCGUACGAGCUGGGCGAGCUGUUCCGGGAGUGCGAGUCAAACCUAGCAGACUUCGGGACGCUAUCCUGUGUAAAAACGUCCCCACCUCCCCAUAGCCAAGAUGGGAAAUCUGCUACACAAAUCAGCCAGCUUUGGCUGUUGCGCAUGACAAGUUUGGCCGCGCAGUGUAAUCCUGUUCAGCUAGUUCGGUAGCAUCACAGAUCUAGCAUACUAUGCUGAUUGGAGCAUCACAAGUUCCAAAACAUGACUAGAAAAUGCUUCUCAUGGGGCUCCGCAUGAGAAACAUUUUGAGCAUGCAGAUAUGCAUAUACAACUCUGGGAAGAUGGGGACGUUUUUACACAGGAUAGACGCAAACGGACCAGAGCACCCUGCAAGAGAUGGUUUUCGAUUUGGUAAAGAAACGGUACAACCGCGACCUCAAGGACAGCCCAUAUGCAUUGCAAAUAUGUCUGGGUCUGGAAACUUGUGAUGCAAGUCCGCGAACAAUAAGUGCUCUGUAAUUAUGCGCCGCCAAGUAUGACAAGUUUUUGGGUGCUUCUGUGAUGCGUAUUUCGCAUGAGAAACUGCGCUUUUGCAUGACCGGCAAGAGGACCUCUUGGUGGCCGCGCAAUACAGAGCGCAGAGUCAUGCCAGACUAGCAUGACAAUCUUCCAGACCCAGACAUGUUUGCAUUUGAUAGCCCACCGGACAUGACGUUUCAGCUCGAUCUGGAGGACUUCAUCCCGGUUUUCAACGAAAUGUUUUCUCUGCUCGCGAGCAAAGGCUUCGAAAAAAGGCACCAGGUAAAUUCAUACUUUUCAUAUUCAUCACGCACGGACUCUCAGUCUUACAACGACACUGCAUAUGUUUUAAAUGGUUUGUUGAUCACAUAAAAUUUUCACUGUUGAAAGGAGAAGGACGAAGGAAAUACAGAUGAAACAUAGAUAGAGAUACCAAUCAAACAAUACAAGACACACAUCAUCAAACAGCUCCUCGGGCUGGUUGCGCAGGACGCGCUGACCGUUCCGGCCGGCACCAUUUUGGACGACGGCUCCAUCGCGCAGGGCGGCGUCAAUACGCACAUGCUGAUCGUGUCCCUGGACUACAAAUACAACAAGGCUCUGGAACUGACCGGCGUUGCGGACGGAAAAAAGAUGGAGCGGCUCUAUGACCUGCUCAAACGUUACAAUCUCAAACGUUACAAUAGAAUUUGGAAAUCUGUGAUGCAGGAAGUGCAUGAUCUAGCCAAGUCUCAUAGGGCUGCGCAAGACAAGUUCCGGAGUCCCAAGCCGCACUACAAUCUGCCGAAAUUUGUGUUGCAGAAAGUGGAAUGGUCUGCGAGUCUGUCAUGCUCAGUAUGCAAGACACAUCCCAGAUUCAUAUUGUAACGUCUGAGAUUGUAACGUUUGAGCAGGUCAUAGGCUCGCUUUCGGCUGCAAGAACGUCUCCUAUCAAAUGUAAAAAUGUCUGGGUCUGGAAGAAUGCGCCAUUUGUCAUGCAGCUUUUCCAUGACCCAUGAAGCCUGGAAUGCAGGACCUAGCAUGGCAGAUUCUGCGCGAUCUCUCUCAUGCCUAUUCUGCAUGAGAAACUCCCUCCCGACUUGGUCAAAACCGGACGAUUUUGGUAAUCAUGCAACACAGAUUUAUGCAUGCUUCAGAUUUAGCAUGACAAGUCGCAUUCUUCCAGACCCAGACAUUUUUACAUUUGAUAUCUCCGACGUGGUGACAAUGUUCGAUUCCGAGAACGUAUCCAAGAAAAAAACGUUGUUAGUGUAAAUUUGUGAUGCGCAACAUGCAAAAUGAUUGCGUCUGUCAUGCUUGGCAUGCAUCGUGGGGUCCAUUUAAGGGCGUUUUCGCGUACUAUCUGCGCAUGACAGGUUUUUGCUGUCAUGCCAGACAAAUUUGCAAUGCUGUUCCUCCAAAAAAGUUACAAUGUUUUGUUCUUGGAUAGAACGAGCUGAACAGUAACAUGUUUCCCCACGCACGGAACAUCGCACGGGAAAUCAAGCAAAUGGGCAAAAGGAUGAAACCUGGGGAUUUAUUCCUGUUUUUCUACUCCGGCCACGGCUUGAACGUACCAGACAAGGACGGGGACGAGGCGGACGGGGAGGACGAGGCCUUCGCGACGCCAGAUUUCGAGUACGAAAAUGCACAAUUGCUCUCCCAUAAAGUCCGCCUCACUUGUUGUUACCAUAGUGCAAACUUUUCCACAUCCACCCAAGUUGUCCGCUCCCUGGCGACGUUUGGCACCGAUGGCAUGGCAAGCUUCAUCGAGCGGACGUCGUUCUAGUUAAUAGUACUACACGACUUCACGCGUUGUAGAAGACUUUUUCAUUUACCGAAGCUGCAGCAUAUUGCUGUCGCAACUUCUGUUGAUGCUGGAGAUAGUGAGGACCAACAUGUCAUUAAAUGAGGUGAGGUAGGGGGAAGAGUUGUUGUGCGCUCUUAUAUCGAGGGGGAUCUGGUCGAAGACGAAGUGCUGGUAUGCAGGAAUCAGCUGGAGGGGUGUGUUGCUUGGUGCAACUACAGUGUUCGUAGGUGCAGCAGCAGCAGCAGUGGUUUGUAAAAUUAUGUCCUGUGACUCCGCAGGAAGACAGAGGUCAAAAGUGUUGUCUUGCAUCUUCAUGACGACAACCGCGGUCUGUAUUGGUUCCGCGUUCUAUGCAAGGUUCGAGUUCUACUUUCAACAUCAACACCCCUAGAAUUCCCCUCUAUACCUGGUGGAUGACGAUUUCGCACGGUUUCUACACCAGUACAUACCAAAAAAAUGCAGAAUAGUGGUAUAGUAUAAAGCUAUGACGAUUCCUUUUUGCUUUAUCGUACCGACCGUGCUUGGGGUUGGGCCUCUCUUGCAGCCACAGCAGGUGCCUGCGCGGGUCCAUUUUCGCACCUGGGUUGUACUUGUUUACAAAUGGCAAAUGAACUAUCACGCAUACUUAGCAAGCUAAUAACAUUGGGGUGUGUAGUCUACUUCAAACGUAUCUUCACAUGAUAAAAUCAGGUGAUCACUGAUUGUUGCCACUCCGGGAGUAUCCAGUGCAAAAGAAGUAUCGUACUCGUACUGUAGUUGCAGUACUAUUGCAUGAGAAGUUUACUUUUGCAAUAGUACACACGGUGAUGCUUUUGCAAAGCAUAAUGACACGAAGAGUGCGAUACAUUUCUUGCAAUGCAUAAGGAGCAUUUGCGACGUGGACUCCUUCGCGUUUCAGCACGAGAUCAUCGCGAUCGCAGCGAGUCAGGACAGCGAAACCAGCAUCGACAUGAGUUCCCUGGGGCAGUCCGGCGGGAUUCUCACCACGGCUUUGCUAGAAGCGAUCGACGAACUCCACCAAACACUGCGAGAGCAGGAACACCAAGAAAUGCUGAACCGCCCGAAUACUUUCGGCAUGAACCUGCACGAAAACUUUGACCUGGAGGGGACCGGGGGGCCCAACAGUUACAAAAAGCGCCCGCCGAAGAUUCUGUCCAUUCAGGCACUGUACAACCUGUGCGUGGCGAAAACGGGGGCGAUUGCCAGCAAACUGCAACACCAACAAUCCAUGAACAUUCAGUACGCAAACUGCACACCGGAGGCCUUCCCCUGGCCCUUGCUGCCGUACCAAUGAGCCGGCUGAGGGGGGGGAGGAGAAUAUUGUUAAAAGCAGCAGCACGGAGAUUCGGCCUUCUGGGAGGCCACGGAGGAGAUCGAUACCGAUGAACAUGCCGUUGGAGGAGAAUCAUGUGAAUUGAUUUCCCUUCAGAACCUAAUUCUAUUGUACAAUUCGAAUUGCAGAUGCCAUGAGGACAUCAGACGCAAAGAACUCGAACUCCCCAUGAUAUAUGUACUAAAGAAAAAAAGAAGAAUCAGAACGAACUUCUGCUCCUGUAAGUGUAAAAUUGUUUCAAGAAAAA